GUUCAACUCACCGCAACUAAGGGAAAGCUACUACUACCUGAAGACGAGGACAACUAAGAUCAUUAAUAUGAAUCCACUCAAAGUUUUGAGCCUUUUGGCCUUGAUGGCUGUGGCGGCUAUGGCCGGUAAGCCAGCAACUGGACGCAUGGACAACUCCGUGAGCCAGGCUCUUAAGCCAACCGAAUGGCUUUCGGUGUCCGAAUUGCAGGCCAUACCCAGUGUGGAUGAUCUGACGGUAGAGCGCUUGGAGAACAUGUCGUUGGAGAAGGGAGCCGAGCUGUUGCAGCAAGUUUAUCAUCUGUCCCAGAUUAAACACAAUGUGGAACCCAACUUUGUGCCCCAGCAAAUUCCCGCCUAUGUCCCAUUGUCCAAUGGUCGUGAGUCCACCAAUCUGAACCAAUUGAUUCCUACCCUCAAGAACAAGAAAUCCAACUUUGGCCAGGAUGAGGUUACCAUCAUUGUCACCGGCUUGCCACAAACCAGCCAGACAGUGGCCAAGGCUAACCGCAAAUUGGUUCAGGCUUACAUGCAACGCUACAACCUGCAGGAACAGAAGCAGAACGCUCUGAAAUACGACUAUGAGGACAAGACCAACAACAAGAACGAGCGCACCUCCAGCGAGGAAGAUUCCCAGGAAAUCUCCAACAGCAACACCCGCAACGGUGAUGUCAUUGUUAUCGAUUUGGGCUCCCAAUUGACCAACUACAAACGUUACGCCAUGCUUGAUAUCGAGAAGACUGGUGCCAAGAUCGGCAAGUGGCUCGUCCAACUGGUCAACGAGAUGGAGAUUCCCUUCGAGACCAUUCACUUGAUUGGCCAGAAUGUCGGUUCCCAUGUCGCUGGUGCCGCUGCCCAGGAAUUCACCCGUUUGACUGGCCAGAAGCUCCGUCGUGUCACCGGUCUGGACCCCUCCAAAAUCGUUUCCAAGAGCCGCAACACUCUGACCGGUCUGGCUCGCGGUGAUGCCGAAUUCGUUGAUGCCAUCCACACCUCUGUCUUCGGCAUGGGCACCCCCAUCCGCAGCGGCGAUGUUGACUUCUAUCCCAAUGGCCCCUCCGCCGGUGUUCCUGGUGCCGAGAAUGUGAUCGAGGCUGCCAUGCGUGCCACCCGCUACUUCGCCGAAUCUGUUCGUCCCGGCAAUGAGCGCAGCUUCCCCGCCGUUCCAGCCAACUCCCUGCAGCAGUACAAGCAAAACAAUGGCAUCGGCAAGCGUGCCUACAUGGGCAUCGACACCCCCUACGACAUCACCGGCGACUACAUCCUCCAGGUUAACCCCAAGAGCCCAUUCGGCCGUAAUGCUCCUGCCCAGAAACAGAACAGCUACCAUGGCGUUCAUCAGUCCUGGAUUACCAGCAACAAGGAUUACGAGUAAUCGUUUUGGCCAGCCAUUGCAUAAGAUCGAACCCGCACUCAAAACAAAACAAAAACACCCGCUUAGUUGCAAAUCUUUUAGAGUUAAGAACCCAGAAAUUGGCAUCAUUUCUUUUUUCUGCUAGUAUUCUGUUACCAAUCCAACAAUUGGUUAAUAGACAAAAUUCAAUAAUGGCAAAUAAACGACAUCAGACUCUCGUUGAUAAAGAGAGCUGAACCGUGUAAAAAAUA